GCAAGAAGUUUCUUGGAAAGAAUAUGGAUGGAUGUUAAAAAAGGUAUAGGUAUAGUAUAAACAAAAGUUUGGGCACGUUCCACAGGAUCAGCUAGCAACUAAAGGAGCGCGUGGUAGUGGCAGUAAAAAAAAAAAAAAAAUAAAGCUCAAAGCCUGGGCGAUGUGGCGAGAAUCUCGCAGUAUUUGAAUUCAAUCGGCGACGGAUUCUCUGCUCAGCAAGUCGCGGCCUGCGAGCUCACGGAACGCGGAUGAGAGGACUUUUAAAUUUGAACACGGUACCGCGCGUAGUGGUAACGUACCGGCCGGCUUUUGAGGUGAUUUUUUUUCAUUGAGGUUUUGAGUUGAUUUCUUGACUGAAAGUUGCCGUGGUUUGAGGGGCAGAGGGACGUUAUUGGUUUAGUUAGUGCUACCGAGGGUGAAUUUUUAUUGAUAAGGGUUGUUUUUUUUUUGGGAAGAAUAAGAUCUUCGUGAAGGACACACUCUGUAUGGUAGCACGGUUGAGAGCCGAUUUGUAGAAGAACUUGAGAUCUACUCACGACCUGAUGAUGUUCAUGAAUUUAAGCGCUUUUGUUAGUAUUUCGGAGUGUUUAAGGAAAAUUAGGACUUGCGGAGUUGAUAGUGUUUCAAUUGAUAGUUAGUUUUCGGUAAGGUACUUAGUUACCUCAGAACUUAGCCAGUGGUAGAGUCAGCCAUAAUGACAAGACGACGGUUUACGUCAGCAGUAGCGCUAGGUGCUAUAGUAUGCUUAUGUGCCAUAGUGGUAAUCGUGUGGGUGCAAUUUAGUCAAGGGGCUUUCCGUAGACGUCAUAAGUUGAAUGUUGAUGAAAUUAAUAGGACUGCAAUGAAUUUGGGUGUCACUUUGGAACCCGUCACGGUCAGGCCGGUAACCACAAUGGUACCUGCAGUGGUGGUGGAAGCCAAAAAGAAAAUCAUUGAGACGGUUACUAAUAAAGGAAAAGAAUUUCUAGAAAAGACGCAUCUAGAUGACUUGGGGAACCAAGAAGCUGUUUUUGUGAAGCCACUGAAACUAAAUCCAGACGAUGAAAUCGAACAACACGAUCAGAAUACACCAUCUGUGAGACACCACAGCGGACAUUUCAGGCACAAGUCCGCCGAAAUAUGGGAUCCGCAUCCCAAAUACGAGAUUGACGCUUUUGGGAAAAUUCUUCUGUUGGAACUAGAGAAUGAUAACAAAUUUGUUGCUCCAGAUUUACAUAUUGUCACACAUGGAAAAAACUUAGCCGAGAGACGUCCACACGAUCCUAAAGUAUUGGGUUGCUUUUACACCGGAAAACUGAAAAACGAUCCUGGAUCUGCUAUAUCUGUUGAUCUCUGUCAUGGAAUGACCGGUUACAUACGAUCUUCGUUGGACAACUACUACAUCGAGCCUGCUGAAAAUUUUACCAGCGGCUCACUGGGUACCAUCUUACAUCGGAUCAAAAAACUACCACAUUCCGCCGAAGAAAGCAACGAUGUACUAAGUUUUGAUGGACCUUUUGAAGUGCCGUUCUUCAGGAAUGAAAACGAGUCCCAUUCUAUAAUUGAAGACGAUUUUCCAGAAGAAAUCGUACAACGACAACACAUCAUCAGAAAAAAACGCAAUGCACGUUCCGAAGACGACGUCAUUUAUGACUACAUUAAACAUGAAAAUAUAAGUCCUCAGGAACUUUUCAGGAGCACCAGAGAUACUGACUGGACCAGUAGUGGAUACGUUAAAAGAAGUAACGAGUUUUUCAUUAAAGUCCUCGUAGUGGCUGACAGUACCAUGCUGAGGUACCAUAAGACGCACGAAGAGUUGACCAAGUAUAUACUCAUAUUAAUGUCCCAUGUUGGUCUUUUGUUUAAAGAAUCCUCAAUAGGUAACGCUAUAAAUGUAGCCGUCGUUCACAUUAGAAUUUUAGAUAAUCCUGAAGAGGAUUUUUCCAAUUCCCUAUCAACGGAUAUGCUGAGGAAAUUUUGUCUGUGGAAAAGGCAAUACAUUUCCGAUAAAUCUCACGAUGUUGCGUUGCUAUUAACCAGGAGUACAAUUUGCAAAAAUCAAACUUCCUGUGCUACUCUAGGGGUUGCUGAAGUUGAUUCCAUGUGCCAGCCUUCAGGAUGUACUAUAGUGAGAGAUAAAGGUUUAUCUACGUCUUAUACUAUAGCUCACGAGUUUGGACAUACUUUGAGUAUGGUUCAUGACGACGAUAAUAAAUGCCUGCACCACAAUUCGAGAACUCUUCACACGAAUCACAUUAUGAGUAGGACAACUAAGAAUGAUUCGAAGCCAUUUAUGUGGUCUCCGUGUUCCAAGCAAUAUGUUACGGAUUUUUUGGAUUCACCACGUUCAAAAUGCCUUCUUCACCCACCAACACGUAACGAAAUCCUCUCCAACUACACCGCAAUGCUUCCAGGAGAUUCAUUUGCAGUUGACAGACAAUGUGAGCUUGAAUUUGGUCACGGAUAUAGUCGCUGUACUAUGGUUUUAGAUGAACCUCCAUGUGUACAUCUCUGGUGCAAACAACCCACAGGAGGAUGCAUCACCCAGUGGUCACCCUGGGCUGAAGGAACCAAGUGCGGUAGAUACAGUUGGUGUUACAAGAGAGAAUGUACAGCCCAAGAUCGUCGUCAAUUUAUGCCCAUUGACGGUGGCUGGGGAGAAUGGCAACCAUGGGGAUCGUGCAGCAGAACUUGUGGAGGAGGCAUAAAAAAAUCCAUAAGACAUUGCGACUCUCCUACACCUGAAAACGGAGGCAAUUAUUGCACAGGAAAAAGCGUACAAUAUAUGUCGUGUAAUACACAGGAUUGUGAUGAAAGUGUUAAGGAUUUUAGAGCAAUACAAUGUGCUGAGUUUAAUGGAUACACUAAAGGUUUGCCCAAUCUUUCAGAAGAUGUCCAAUGGUUGCCCAAAUAUGGAAUAAUUUCUCCAGGCCGUCUCGAUAAUUCCUGCAGGCUAUACUGCAAACCUCAACAUUCCGAAGCCUAUUACGCCUUAAAAGACAAAGUUCUUGAUGGUACCAAGUGUGGAAUAUCAGGAUUUGACAUUUGCGUUAACGGCAUGUGCAGACCUGGUGGAUGUGAUAAUAUUUUAGAUUCAAAAGCCCACCUGGAUGAGUGUGGAGUUUGUGGUGGAGACAAUAGCCGUUGUCAGGAAAUAUCUGGAACUUAUAACAAAACAGCAGAUCAAGUUAGCUAUAAUAGAGUAGUGCGCAUUCCCAAAGGAAGUUCCAACGUUAAAGUAACUCAGCAUAGUUCUGGGGCCGAUGAAAAUUAUCUUGCUCUCAAAGAUGGUGAAACUGGAACCUACAUCCUCAACGGUAAUCAAAUGCUGAUGACGCAAGAGAUGGAAGUAGAAUACGGUCCUGUUGUUAUCAAAUACAGUGGCAGCAGUGCUCAAACUGAAUGGAUUUCGACGGAAAAGGCUAAAAAGCUGCACAAAGACUUGGUGGUAGAGGUUCUGUCCAUUAAGAACUUAACGCCUCCUGAUAUAAUUUAUCGUUACGUCAUCAGUAAAGAUGCUGCACCUAGGUACGGUUGGAAGCUCUAUAAGAAGGGCUGGUCCAGGUGCAGCUCUAUCUGCGAGGGCAUACAGUACAGGAAACCGACCUGCGUAGAACUAGUCAACGGAAAUGAAGUAGACGUGAGUUAUUGUGACAGCAGUGAUAGCGAAAGCGCUACAGAGAAGAAAGAUUGUAAUGAUCAUUGUAAUUUGACUUGGCAUAUCGUUUCACGGAGUGCUUGUUCGCCGCAUUGUGGAAAAGGCUAUCGUCAAGUUUACUAUAAAUGUAUGAAACUCUACAAAAACAAGCAGCUCCAGAAUAGUAACAUUGAAGAGGUAGAUAAUCAACAUUGUAAUGUGCUAGCUAAGCCUCCAGACAAUGAAAACUGUUACACUUCUUGUAAUACGACUAGAUGGGACUAUUCUAUUUGGUCAGAAUGUUCCAAAACUUGUGGAGGUGGUACCCAAAGAAGAUCAGCCAAGUGUGUUGACGAAAAUAACAUUCCAAUUGACGAUUCUCAUUGUAGCAAUACUGAAAAAAUUAUAGAGCAAAUUUGUAACACCGAACAAUGUCCUGAUUGGCUUAUUGCGGAUACUUCUUCAUGCUCAGUUCCUUGUGGCGGAGGUUAUCAAAACAUUACCUCCUACUGUGUUCUUAACGGUCGAAUCUACGAUCCGUCUAACUGUGAUUCAAGAACAAAACCUGCCAGCACGAAAAACUGUAAUGAGUAUGCUUGUGGACGUUGGGCUGCCACUGAUGGCUUCCAACCUUGUUCUGUUACUUGUGGUGAGGGAGUAGAAAGAAAACAGUAUGUGUGUAAAAAAUUUGAUAGUGAAGAAGUUUUGGAUCUGGAAUAUUGUAGAAGCAUUAGAAAGCCUAGGGAAGAGAGCAGAAAAUGCUUUAAAGAAUGUGAUCGUAUGAUUCCUUAUUCCCCAUAUGACAAACAACGUUACAACUACAAUGUGGACGGUGACAACAACAUUUACGAACCCCUGUACGACAGAUACAGAACCUUCCAUUGGAUACCAGGAGAAUGGACUGCUUGUUCUCAAACAUGCGACGAAGGUACCAGUACCCAAACAUUCCAUUGUCGUAACGAUCUAGGAGACGAAAACCCUCAGAUGUGCAACCUCCACCAAAAACCUCAUAACGUGAUUAGGUGUAACGAUAAAGCUUGCCCCCAAUGGAAAGUUGGUAAUUGGAGCCCUAGCUGUGAUUCAAAGUGCGAGAAGCACAGGCAGGUGCGGUGUAUAGACGAGAGCAUGACUGCAUUUGAUAGCAAAGACUGUGACCUCAAAAAAAAGCCCCAGGACUCUGCGAAAUGUCGAUUAGCUGAAUGUCCACACGCCACUGGCAUUUCUAGAAACUAUUUUGAUACCAAGGAGAAUCAGGACAAGAGAUAUAGAUGGAAGGUUGGACCUUGGAAACAGUGCUCAACUAACUGCGGCAAAGGCACUCGUAGACGAGUAAUCGAGUGCGAGGACUCACUCAACGACAUCGUAGUAGUAGAUUCGCUUUGCAACAAACACAAACAGAAACCCAAAGAGUCCAAGCCGUGCGAACGGUACCAGUGCAGGUACGCUUGGAUCGAAGGACCUUGGGAAUCUUGUUCGGUUUCUUGUGGACAAGGGGUGAAAUCGAGGAAUGUCACUUGUCAUAAAAUCCAUCAGGGUGGUAUGGUGGAUCCUACUCCGUUGCCAGAAAGGCACCACAGAAUAAUUCAUAAGAACUAUUGUAGAUUAGCAACUAAACCUCUUUCGGCAAGCAAAUGUUUAGUUAGUAACUGUGGGGAUGAAUACAUGUGGCAAGCUGAGGAAUGGAAACCAUGUUCACAACCAUGUGGUAAAAAAGGAAGACAAAUCAGAGUAUUAAACUGCAUCAGUGUUAGAGAAAGAAAUAAAGUGCCUAAGCACUUCUGUCCGAAAAAUCUAAGGCCAGUAAGGAAACGUAAAUGCAACCAAUGGAUGUGCUUAUACAAAAGCUGCAGAGAUAUUCAGCACUACAUGAGAACUAAGGAGAAUAAAGAUUAUAUGGUUUCGCUUCGAGGAAGACCGGUUAAUGUAUAUUGCUACAAAAUGGAUACAGCCGAACCUCAGGAGUAUAUUAGUUUGCAUCCUGACAAGGAGAAUUAUGCUGAGAUUUAUGAUAGAAGACUUUCAGAUUUAAAUUCAUGUCCCUAUAAUGGAGAAAGACGCGACAAUUGCCAUUGUGAUAUAGUACAGCCAGAUAGAUCCGGAGUAACCAAGUUUUGGAAAGUAAGACUAAACAUUACAUCGUUACGAAUUAUGGGUGAUGACUUCACUUUUUCAAAACAAGUGAAAGGGAUAAGAAUACCAUACGGUACUUCUGGAGACUGUUAUAGUACUCAUGCACAAGGUUGUCCCCAGGGGAGGUUUUCAGUGGAUUUGACACAUACUUCCUUCAAACUGGCCAAAUUUAUUCGGUGGAAAAACACGGGACAGUACGCGUCAAAAGUCAUUUCAAGAACGUCUGAUACCCUUGUACAAGGUAAAUGCGGUGGUUACUGCAGUGAAUGUAUACCAGAUUCCCAAUAUGGUGGUCUUGCAGUGGAAAUAACUUAGACAUUCACUCCAAAAAGCCAUAUUGGCAGAAAUGAGAUGAUUUGGAGGGUCCUACAAGUGAGACGAAGAUGAAUUUAUUUGAACUACUUUCAAGCGAAUAGAGAAUUGGUGUCAACCGGGUAACCAUAGGAUUUUUGCCACAGAAAUCUCAAUGUAAACCUUUUUGAUCUCAAAAUUUACUGCCGAAAAUCAUCAAGCAUUUUUGCAAUAAAUACAUAUUUGUUAUGUCAUUAUUUUUGGAAAAACAAAGUAUUAGGUACUACAAUAUGAAUGACGUGACAUAAAAUUAUUUCCAAGAAUAACCAAAUAAAUCAGUAUUAAAAUUUUCUAGAAUAAUGGCAAACAAAUAUUGGUAUUUUUUUGUUCAUUAUUUCUCAUUUUCUGGUAAAAUUGUCCUUAUUUCUCCUCUGGGCUUAAAUUCUUUUAUGUGUUCUUUUAUGUCGUGUAUAAAUGUGAAUAAUUUCAGUUUUUGAACAAGUUGAGUAGUGAUUUAAUUUGCUACAUUAGCAAUAAUUUGAACCAUAUAAAAUUAGUGACACAAAAUAUUAAUUUGUUCAAUAAUGAAGCUAAGUAUUAUAUUUUUAAGCAAAUAACUCGAUCUGAAAUGAAACGAACAUUUAAAGUGCCUUUUGUAAUCUGUUCUGUGAUUUGAUAUUUUUUAAAUUAACUUUUGUAUAGGGUGACCAAAUGUAAUAAUAAAAAAAAAAAGAAGAAAACAAAAAUCGAAAAUUUUAGCAAAUAGAAUCUAAUUAUUAUUGGUAUUAUUUCUAUGCAAGUUGGUCUUUCCAAAAAACGGUAUUUAAUUGUUUAAACUGCCAAAUAAAACAAUGAAAAAAAUCGUAAAAAAUCGUACCUAUUUACACUUGGGUGCAGAAUUAACCCAUAAAAUGUCUUAAAUUUUCUAUAAUUCCAACACUACUACAUGUGCAGAGAGAACAGACAUAUUUGCUGUGAUAGUUGAACUUAAAUAACAUAUAACAAAAUAGUAGUGUAAAAAAUGAGUUUAUUUUGCACCAGAGUGUAUAUAUUAAAUGUUUCAUGCCUCAUAUUGAGGCAUUAAUUUAGUGUUUAUUAUGAACAUAGUAGCUUAGUUUUAGAUUGUCAACUCAUAAAAAAAUCGAUGUUAUGUAAUGUAAGAAUUUUCCUGCCAUGACAAUUGUCUCGAAUUUAGUGUUUAGGUAUUUUGUUUUGCUGCCAUAAUUAUUUAUUUUUGUUUUAAUUUUAGGUUAUAACAAAUAAGUAAUAUCCACAAUCUGAUUUAACUUCAAAUGUUCAAGAACUAAGCCUUGGGUGGAGGAAAUCAUAUUGUGGACUUUACUUUAAUUAUUAAUUAUCUUUUUAGAGAUUGUCAUUUGAUUAUAUCCCAAUUAUGUAGUGGGAUUGAGAUUAUCAAAUGUCAAUGUUCUGAAAGGUUUAAUUUUUGCCUUGGAGCCAUGUGUACAUAUUUAUUUUUGGUUUCUGUAACCGAACCAUUUUUUCUUUAACAAAAUAUUAUCAACAAAAAAAUGUUCUAUUCAAAGAAAAAAUGGCUCCAUUCAAAGUUGCCAUUACUUUUUAUUUUUGUCAACCAUGAUGUCUAAGAACUAGCAACGUAUUAAAGCUCCUGUGAUUUUCUUGCCGUGAAACUAAAUUGGAUUGUGAACUGGCUGAACUGGAUUAAUUAUAGGGUGCAGAAAUGAUAACGAAUGAUUACUCCGCACAUACAAAAAUGUAUGGAAAAGUUCCAAAAUCAAAUAGUGAAUCACCCAGUGCAAAGACAUAGAUUCUACUCUAAUACCGUCUGCACUGUUAUUACUCAAGAUCAGCCAGCUAGAGGUCCAUUAUGGUUUUUUAACAGGAAAACUGACCUCUGGCGGAAAUUUUAUUUAUUUUGCCAACAAAGGAGAAAUACGUUGCUGGCUCUUAGGCCAUUCGAUUUGCAUUUUUAAUAUUGUAAAGACUGUUGAAAAACUAAUGAAAGUGCUAGUUGUAUUGAUUUUUUGUAGUUUUAUUUGCAACAAACCCUUACUGAAAUCAAUUUCCAUUGAAAAUAAACAAAAUUUUUAUUAGUAUAAAAAAUGUAUUUCCAUGUAAAACAAACAAUAUAAAACAAAAACAAAAAAGUAAUACCUUAUUAGACUUCCUCUAGUAAUGGAAAUUCGUCAUCUCGAGUGGCCAAAGCAUCAAUAUUGUAAAAAGCUGCGUGGAGAGUUAUUAUAACCAUGGAAGCACCUAAAAAAAUAAAACAGAUGUAAAUUAGUUCGAAAGAUAUUCCAGUUUUCACAUUCAUUUAAACUAAACACUACUUACCCAGGACCCAAAACAUAGCUCCAUGAGCCCCAACCCAAUAAUACACUGGCAUAGAACACAAAGAUACUAAUCCAUACUGCUGAGCUAAUGUUAGUUCUCUGCCAAACAAGACAAACUUUUUUUGUAAAUGCCUUUGGUUCACUUUAUAUCCAGCAUAGAAGGUACAUGCUAUUGCUAGGAGGAUUAGAGGAGAAGUG